UCGCCCAGACGCUCAGCGCCCAAUCGCGGCGCGUAAACUGAACUUUAUUGUUGUCAGCAACUACCAGCUAAUAUAGUUGUAAGCUAACGUUAGCCGAAAGGUGAGCUAACAGUAGACUGUCUCAUUCACCGUAAUAAAGACGUAGUGAAGUUACAUUUUAGUUGUAACGGUCAGGACAGUCGCUUUCACGGGCUGUUUAUCUCCAACAUCAGGAAAGAUGACUUCUGCACCGUCUGAUCCAACUCUGGAGAGACAUUUCAAGGGUCACAGGGACACUGUUACGACUGUGGACUUAAGCUGCAACAUGAAACAGAUUGCCACAGGCUCUAUGGACUCCUGUGUGAUGAUCUGGAACAUGAAACCUCAGAUGCGAGCGUAUCGUUUUGAUGGACACAAAGAUGCUGUCCUUUCUGUUCAGUUUUCUCCCUCUGGCCACCUGGUGGCCUCGGCAUCCAGAGACAAGACUGUACGGCUCUGGGUUCCCAGCAUGAAGGCUGAGUCAACAUCUUUCAAGGCUCACACGGCUACUGUGCGUAGCGUUAACUUUUCUGGUGACGGACAGAAUCUGGUCACAGCCUCUGACGACAAGACCAUCAAAGUGUGGACCGUCCACAGGCAAAAGUUUCUCUUCUCUCUCAACCAGCACAUCAACUGGGUCCGCUGUGCUAAGUUUUCUCCAGAUGAUCGUUUGAUUGUGUCGUCCAGUGAUGAUAAGACUAUAAAGCUGUGGGACAAGAAUAGCAGAGAGUGUAUUCAUUCUUUCUAUGAACAUGCUGGUUAUGCAAACCAUGUGGACUUCCAUCCCAGUGGAACAUGCAUCGCUGCAGCCAGUACUGACAACUCUGUCAAGGUGUGGGACAUCAGAUCCCAUAAGAUGCUACAGCACUACCAAGUCCACAGUGGUGUGGUGAACAGCUUGUUUUUCCACCCGGCUGGUAAUUUCCUCAUCACUGCAUCCAGCGAUUCCACAAUGAAGAUACUGGACCUUGUAGAGGGCAAGCUACUGUAUACACUGCAUGGACACCAGGGUCCAGUGAACUGCGUGGCCUUCUCCAGGACAGGAGAGCACUUUGCCUCUGGAGGUUCUGAUGAACAGGUAAUGGUUUGGAAGAGUAACUUUGACUGUGCUGAAGGCAAUGAUGGCGUCAGGCUGCAGCAUAAAACUGCUUUCAGCUUGCAGGCACUACCAGCCAGCUCCACGGCGCACCCCUCGCAUCCAUCUGUACUCCGCAGCCAGGCUUCUGAACCAACAGAACAUUUUACCGGACAGGACUCCCACACUGCUGCCCACACUCAGAGCGCCAGUCGCAGUGGCAGCCACAGCAAAGCGUCUCAAUCCCACACUCACAGACACCUCAGCACAAGUUCCUCCUCCACCCACCAGACACAGACCCGGGGUUUACCACAGCAUUCAUCCCAGGUUCAAGCACAGUCCCAGUUCUCAGAUGGAGGGGUCCCCCCUGGUCUAGCCAGCACCCUGGAACACAUCAUAGGUCAACUGGAUAUUCUCACUCAGACGGUUUCGAUCUUGGAGCAGCGGUUGACACUUACAGAGGACAAGCUCAAGGAGUGUUUGGAGAACCAAAUGGAGAUCGGCCUACAUCUCCAGAGACGAGAGGAGGCCUGAAGAUGGCGGCACCAGGGAAAGGUUGAGCAGUGGUGUGAGGGGGAAAGGGGUCACACCAACACCAAUAACAGAAACAUGUAAACAGCACUCUCUCGUUGUUGUAAAAUCACACUUAAAAUGUGCAAUCUUGCACACAGUCCUGAACCGUUUUCCUGACUGGACUUUAAAUGCACACUGAGCCUUACUGCUGAAGUACUGUGUCUGGUUAUUUAACAAAGAGAUAUCAGAAGUGAAGUUGUUGAUUAGAGAAGUUGUUCUUCUACAAGAGUGCUGAGAGAGCAGUCCCUUUUCUGCUGACGAAGGACCUGCUGCUACUAGUCACUGUGUGAGUCGGUGUGUGAGUGUGCGCCCACGAGGAUUGCCUGUACAAAAGUGUAGACACAUGCAAGAGACUUUCGUAUUUGCCUUUGCACUACACUACGUUUUUAACUCUAUUUGUGCGCAUAAAAUGCUGCUUUUCAUCAAAAAGCACAUAUACUGUAAACAGUUUACAAAACCAACAUGUCCAUUAUUGUUUUAGUUGCACAUAAAGUUAUUAAAAUAGGAACCUGAAUUUGACCAUAUUUACAAAGUUUGCUGUCCACAUAUACUUAAUGUUUGUUCACCUGCCAUCAUUAGUAGAGGCACUGAUUUAAAUCAGCUAACUAAACACUUGCUGCAGAGCCAACAGGGUGCCUUUAUUGUGUAAAGGAAAAAGAGGACUGGUGUCAGACCUGUACUCUGUAGUGACAGAUAGCCUGAGCGGAAGUAUCGGUAUCAGGAGAGAAGUUAAAUUGUUGCAUCAUUAGUAAACACUCACUUGUGCAGCAAAUGAGUGUUAAUGCCGUCCUGAAAAUCUUCUUCAACAAAUGUUUUCUUCCAACUGUUUUCUUCUUUUUGAGUAAUUUUUGCAAAAAAAAAAAAGGAACUUAUUUUGCCUUUUUUUUUGUGAAAUUAUAUAAUUGUGUCCUAUUUUUAAAGAUUUUACGUUGUGGAACGAAUGGGCUUACAGCUGAGAGCAACAGACGGGGUAGGAAGGUCAGAAAGUAUUGAGAGAUAAAGACAUUGUUGGUUUUGGUCUUCUUACUGGACUGUUGACAAUGAAACAAAAUGUUAAAACAAAGACAGUCUUAUACUUUAAGUUAAAAUGAUGGUGCGGUUUGGAUUUUCUGUUCUGUUAGUGCAUAACAGCUGAUUGUAAUUACUGCAGUUGGAAAGAUAAGCGACUUGUUCCGUCCCUUUAUAUCCUGUGUCUGAAACUUUUAUACACUGAAAGUAACUUAUUGUGUACCUUCUUAAUAAAUGUUUUCCACUCUUA